GGGGGGGGGGGGGAGCAAGGGUCCCGGUGGUGACGGCAUCGGAGCGCGCCGCGCGGAGGCGUCGGGCCCGGUGGCACGGAGGAGGACUGCGCUAGCUCUCCAGCAGGUCCUUCCUUUAGUAUGGGGCUGGAGGCCCAGAGGUUGCUGGGGGAUGAAGAGGCUCCAGUGAGGGUGGCCCUUCGAGUCCGCCCACUGCUGCCCAAGGAGCUGCUUCAUGGACACCAGAGCUGCCUGCAGGUGGAGCCAGAGGAUGGGCGGGUCACCCUGGGGCGUGACCGCCACUUUGGCUUCCAUGUGGUGCUGGCAGAGGAUGCCGGGCAGGAGGCUGUGUACCAGGCCUGCGUGCAGCCCCUGUUGGAGGCUUUCUUUGAGGGCUUCAAUGCGACUGUCUUUGCCUAUGGCCAGACAGGCUCCGGGAAGACAUACACCAUGGGGGAGGCCAGUGUGGCCUCCCUGCACGAGGAUGAGCAGGGCAUCAUCCCGAGGGCCAUGGCCGAGGCCUUCAAGCUGAUCGACGAGAACGACCUGCUGGACUGCCUGGUGCACGUGUCCUACCUGGAAGUGUACAAGGAGGAGCUCCGGGAUCUACUGGAGGUGGCUACUGCCAGCCGCGAUAUCCAGCUCCGGGAGGACGAUCGCGGGAGUGUGGUGCUGUGUGGGGUGAAGGAGGUGGACGUGGAGGGCCUGGACGAGGUGCUGAGCCUCCUGGAGAUGGGCAACGCGGCGCGGCACACGGGAUCCACGCCCUUCAACCGGCGGUCCAGCCGCUCGCACACGGUCUUCACGGUGACGCUGGAGCAGCGUGGGCGCACCCCGGGCCGCGCGCCCCGGCCCGCCGGCCAGCUGCUCCUCUCCAAGUUCCACUUCGUGGACCUGGCCGGCUCGGAGAGGGUCCUGAAGACGGGCAGCACGGGCGCGCGGCUCAAGGAGAGCAUCCAGAUCAACAGCAGCCUGCUGGCGCUGGGGAACGUCAUCAGCGCCCUGGGCGACCCGCAGCGCCGCGGCAGCCACAUCCCCUACCGCGACUCCAAGAUCACCCGGAUCCUCAAGGACUCGCUGGGCGGGAACGCCAAGACGGUGAUGAUCGCCUGCGUCAGUCCCUCGUCCUCCGACUUCGAUGAGACCCUCCACACCCUCAACUACGCCAGCCGCGCCCAGAACAUCCGCAACCGCGCCUCGGUCAACUGGAAGCCCGAGGCAGAGCGCGGGGCCGAGGAGGCGGCGGCGACACGGGGGCCACCGCGGCACCGCUCCGAGACGCGCAUCAUCCACCGAGGCCGGCGCGCCCCGGGCCCCACCACCGCCUCCGCCGCCGCGCGCCUGGGCGCCGAGUGCGCGCACUACCGGGCCCGCACCCUCGCGGCCUACAGCUUCCUGCGCCAGCUGCAGGCUGAGCCCGGGCUGCCCGGCGCCGCUGCCCGCAAGGUGCGGGACUGGCUGUGCGCCGUGGACAGCGAGCGCAGCGCGCUGAGCUCCGCCUCGGGUCCCGACAGCGGCAUCGAGAGCGCCUCCGCAGAGGACCCUGCGGCUCGGGGUACCGGGGUGCCCAAGGGGGCCAAGGCUCAGGAAGACGAGGGGCAGCUGCUGGCCUUGCAGACCCAGGUGGCCCGGCUGGAAGAGGAAAACAGAGAUUUUCUGGCUGCGCUGGAGGACGCCAUGGAGCAAUACAAACUGCAGAGUGACCGGUUGCGGGAGCAGCAGGAGGAGAUGGUGGAACUUCGGCUGCAGCUAGAGUUGGUGCGGCCUGGUUGGGGGGAUCCUGGGCUCCUGCAGGGCCUGCCUCCUGGAUCCUUUGUGCCCAGGCCUCACACAGCCCCUCUUGGGGGUGCCCACAGCCAACGCCUGGGCAUGGUGCCCUCUGGUUGUCUUCCUGGAGAUGAAGUUGGCUCUGAGCGGUGGAGUGAGCAGGUGACAAAUGGCAGGGAGGCUGGAGCUGAGCUGCUGGCUGAGGCAGACAGGCUGGGGAGCAGCUCUUCUUCAGAGGACGAGGAGGAGCUGCCCAGGAGGGCCUUACACCUGCGCAGGAAUGGAAUCAACAGCUGGAGCCAGAGGCUGAGCCCAGGGAGCCCGCCGGACAGGAGGGGCCCAGAGCCCCACCCUCAGGAGCCAGGAGCUGCCACCCCCGGGCCCAAAGCAGCCGGUGGCCGUCAGGCUGUGGUUCGGGCCCAACAGGCCCCUGCUGCCUCAGCCUCUGAGUGGCGGCUGGCCCAGGCGCAGCAGAAGAUCCGGGAGCUGGCCAUCAACAUCCGCAUGAAGGAGGAGCUCAUUGGCGAGCUGGUUCGUACAGGGAAGGCCGCCCAGGCCCUGAACCGCCAGCACAGCCAGCGCAUCGGGCAGCUGGAGCAGGAGGCGGAGCGGGUGCGGGCGGAGCUGCGGGAAGGCCAGCGGCAGCUGCGGGAGCUGGAGGGCAGGGAGCCCCAGGAUGCGGGCGAGCGCUCCCGCCUGCAGGAGUUCCGCAAGAGGGUCGCCGCAGCCCAGAGCCAAGUGCAGGUGCUGAAGGAGAAGAAACAGGUGACUGAGCGGCUGGUGUCGCUGUCGGCGCAGCGCGAGAAGCGGCUGCAGGAGCUGGAGAGGAAUGUGCAACUCAUGAGGCGGCAGCAGGGGCAGCUGCAGCAGCGGCUGCGGGAUGAGACGGAGCAGAAGCGGCGCCUGGAGACUGAGAUGAACAAGCGGCAGCACCGUGUCAAGGAGCUGGAGCUGAAGCAUGAGCAGCAGCAGAAGAUCCUGAAGAUCAAGACAGAAGAGAUCGCAGCCUUCCAGAGGAAGAGGCGCAGCGGCAGCAAUGGCUCUGUGGUCAGCCUGGAGCAGCAGCAGAAGAUCGAGGAGCAGAAGAGGUGGCUGGACCAGGAGAUGGAGAAGGUGCUGCAGCAGCGGCGGGCGCUGGAGGAGCUGGGGGAGGAACUCCGCAAGCGGGAGGACAUCCUGGCCAAAAAGGAGGCCCUGGUGCAGGAGAAGACGGGGCUGGAGAGCAAGCGCUUGCGGUCCAGCCAGGCCCUGAAUGAGGACAUCGUCCGGGUGUCCAGCCGCCUGGAGCACCUGGAGAAGGAGCUGUCUGAGAAGAGCGGGCAGCUGCGGCAGGGCAGUGCCCAGAACCAGCAGCAGAUCCGCGGCGAGAUCGAUGCUCUGCGCCAGGAGAAGGAUGCGCUGCUCAAGCAGCGCCUGGAGAUCGAUGGCAAGCUGAGGCAGGGCAGCCUGCUGUCCCCUGAGGAGGAGCGGACGCUGUUCCAGCUGGACGAGGCCAUCGAGGCUCUGGAUGCGGCCAUCGAGUACAAGAAUGAGGCCAUCACGUGCCGCCAGCGGGUGCUGCGGGCUUCCGCCUCCUUGUUGUCCCAGUGCGAGAUGAACCUCAUGGCCAAGCUCAGCUACCUCUCCUCCUCGGAGACCAGAGCUCUGCUCUGCAAGUACUUUGACAAGGUGGUGACGCUGCGGGAGGAGCAGCACCGGCAGCAGAUCGCCUUCUCGGAGCUGGAGAUGCAGCUGGAGGAGCAGCAGCGGCUGGGGUACUGGCUGGAGGUGGCUCUGGAGCGGCAGCGCCUGGAGAUGGACCGGCAGCUGACGCUGCAGCAGAAGGAGCACGAGCAGAGCGUGCAGCUGCUGCUCCAGCAGGGACGAGACCACCUGGGCGAGGGGCUGGCGGACAGCAAGAGGCACUAUGAAGCCCGGAUUCAAGCUUUGGAGAAGGAACUGGGGCGCCACCUGUGGAUAAACCAGGAGCUGCGGCAGAAGCUCGGGUGGCCCGGGGGGAGCUGCGCAGGCCCAGGGGGCGAAAGGAGGAGCCUCAGCUUGGAGCACAGACAGGGCCCUGGAGAAGAUGGGCUCCAUCCAGUGGGCCCUGAGCUUUCCUGGCCGCCCUCCCUCCCCGAAGCGGGGCCCAGAGCCAGGGAGGAGCCCAGGGACUCGGUGCGUGGGCCGCUGCCCCUGACGUGGAAGCGCUCCAGCCUGGGCGGCGAGGAGCAGGGCUGCCUCGAGGACCCAAGGCCGCGGGAGGUGGCUGAGCCCCUAGGGGCCCGGGUGUUACCUGUGGGGGAUGGGGGCCUGUCCUGGAACUUUGGACCUUUGUCCAAGUCCCGGUGGGAGCCCCGAAGGGCCAGUCCAGGGAUGAUCGAUGUCCGCAGAAACCCCCUGUAGGCCCCCAGGGCACAGCCAGCCGCCAUCCCGCUGACCCGAGCUGCCACCUGGUCUCCUGACCGCACACCUGCUGAUGGCAACAAGCUGGGGCUUCAACCCCCAAAUGGACUCUUCUGAGGAUUGAAAUAGUUGUUUUUGUGGGUUUUUUAAACCACGGAGCCACAC